AAUCAUGACUGACUCAACAGACUGCUGGUGAAUACAAGGAGAUCACGGAGACCACAACUACAAUUUCAUGCACACACAAACCACAGCACGUAUACAACAGUCAUUUACAUAUGCAGCCAUUAGCAUACAUGCUCCAGGUUGUGGACCAAGAACUGUUAUAAGGUCAGAAGACACAGUAACUUAUGACAAUGUGCAUUUUCCAAAAGUUUCACUUUUACUGCAUGUUUGGUGUAAGUAGUUGAGGCCUCAUGUCUGAACGUGUUUUUUUUUUUUCACUGUGUAAAUAAAUAUAUUUGUUGACUGUCAGACUGUCGAAUGUCUGAGUAUCUUAUUUUAGCAGUAAGGUUUUUACGUAGUAUGUACACACUGUUAGACUGAGAAAACAUUUCACACUGAUUUAGGAUCAGAUUGCUUAAUGUCCAAAGACUCAUUCCAUUCAUUAACGAAAGCCCCAACACUUACCUCAGAUCAGUGUGAAAUGGUUAGCAUGUCUACACAUGACGUGUUAAAACAAGAGGAAGUCAUCUACAGUAUAUUAAAGACGGGGUGAUUAGAUUGACACCAUCAUUCGCGUUUAACAACUCUGACUUCCUUUGUAUUAAAAUAACGUUUGCAUUUUUAGCAGCCAGUAUUUGAGGGAUAACAAAUACAGAAUUAGCCGAACUUCAAAGUACUAAACUGACUGGAGACUCAAAAGAGGAUUGAUGAAGAUGAAGACCUUCCAUGUGCUUUGGAUCUGGAUCUUUCUGUCAGGAUUUGGGGAUUCAGCCACAGAUGGAACUGAUAUACAUGGAUAUUUUGGAAAAGGUGCCACAAUUAUAUGUUCCUACAGCUGGGCUUCAACCAAUAAAAAGUAUUUCUGCAGAGAUCCAUGUAAAGACAGUAAAGAUAUUUUAGUGAAAUCUGACCAGUCACCUACAGGAAGAUACACACUGAAGGACUCUGGAGAAGGAACCUUCACUGUGAACAUCACUGAUCUACAGGAGUCAGACUCUGGGAUUUACUGGUGUGGAGUGGACAGAUCUGUUAAAGACACAUAUCAGAAAGUCAUCCUGACGGUAUCUAAAGAUCCAAGCGAAAGCAUAACUACAUCCACACAACCGUACAAAGACAUACAAACAUCCACGGAUUCACACACAAUUACACCAGCAGGACAUUCAGAAUCGCCAUCUGUCACAGCAAGCAAAACCACCAGAUAUCCAAGCCCUGAUGACAUCACACUCUCACCCUCAAUAACAGCAUCUGUGAACACUACAGUAUAUAUACUAUAUGCUGUCGGUGGUCUUCUCAUAGCAGUAAUCAUAUUUGCAGUUGGACUGGUCACUGUUCAUCAGUACAGGAAAAAAAAUCAAGACAUCAGAAAGCUUGACAGGCUUCACGCUGCCCAAUCAAAGCAAAGAUGACCAGGAUGACGGUGUAUAUGAGAAUAAUCCUCCUAAAAACAAAAAGCACACAGAUG